GACCUGUCUUGGGUAUGGGACUGCUCAGGCAGGGGACCCCGGGUGAGGGACAGUCUCUGUGGGCUGCCAGCAGCGGGGGGCAUUCCCUGGCGUCCAGUUGCUAGAAACACGGCCAUCUACCUAGGCUACUUAGGUGGACCAGAGAGCUUGAUGUGGCAUUUCCUAUUUUUUAAAAACAGGGUGGGAUUUGAACUAGUGGCUUACUUUGCGUUCAGUGGGGUUUUAAUGAGCAUUGAGCCCAGAGAUUUGACCUCAUUGGCCAAAGAAGCCUCUUAAGGCCCGUUAGUGGCACUUUGGGUGCAAUGUGGCUUAUAGGAGACCUGAGCAAUUGGCUCCACAGAUGUAAGAGGGCUCCAAAAUAGGAGGCCGAGCCCCAGCUGGCUUGAAUCUCUCUGCCAGCGAACAACUUUGGACUUUUCUCCUCAGUUUCCUGGAUCACCCUCUUGGGGGCAGUUGGAGAGCUUGAGAACCAGUCCCUCCUAUGCCUGUACAGCCAAGGCAAAGUCCAGGGCUAAAGUGUCAGCCACCAGACGCGAGAUGUUGUAAUCCCAUCUCACAGGUGGAACAAUCACUUUUCUACAUUCUGAAUUUGCUCACGUGCUGAGAUUAUAAGGAAGUAGUACUUGAAACAGUACCAACACUUUCCAUUAUUGAAGGUCUUCUCUGCUGGUUGAAAUGUCUAUGAUUUUAUCUGCAUCAGUCAUUCGUGUCAGGGAUGGGCUGCCACUUUCUGCUUCUACUGAUUAUGAACAAGGCACAGGCGUGCAGGAGUGCAGGAAGUAUUUUAAAAUGCUCUCGAAGAAACUGGCUCAGCUUCCUGAUAGAUGUACACUGAAAACUGGACAUUAUAACAUUAAUUUUAUUAGCUCUCUGGGAGUGAGCUACAUGAUGUUGUGCACUGAAAAUUACCCAAAUGUUCUGGCCUUCUCUUUCCUGGAUGAGCUUCAGAAGGAGUUCAUUACUACUUAUAACAUGAUGAAGACAAAUACUGCUGUCAGACCAUACUGUUUCAUUGAAUUUGAUAACUUCAUUCAGAGGACCAAGCAGCGAUAUAAUAAUCCCAGGUCUCUUUCAACAAAGAUAAAUCUGUCUGACAUGCAGAUGGAAAUCAAGCUGAGGCCCCCUUAUCAAAUAUCCAUGUGUGAACUGGGGUCAGCCAAUGGAGUCACAUCUGCAUUUUCUGUUGACUAUAAAGGUGCUGGUAAGAUUUCUUCUGCUCACCAGCGACUAGAACCAGCAACUUUGUCAGCAAUUGUGGCAUUUAUCCUCAGUCUUUUAUGUGGAGCUCUGAAUUUAAUUCGAGGUUUUCAUGCCAUAGAAAGUCUUUUGCAGAGUGAUGGUGAAGAUUUUAAUUACAUUGUUGCAUUUUUCCUUGGAACAGCAGCCUGCCUUUACCAGUGUUAUUUACUUGUCUACUACACCAGCUGGCGGAAUGUCAAAUCUUUCUUGACUUUUGGUUUAAUCUGUCUGUGCAACAUGUAUCUCUAUGAACUGCGCAACCUCUGGCAGCUUUUCUUUCACGUGACCGUGGGAGCGUUUGUUACACUACAGAUCUGGCUAAGGCAAGCCCAGGGCAAGGCUCCUGAUUAUGAUGUCUGACACCAUCCUUCAGACAUACUGCCUUGGCUUCUGGGGAAAAAGGAGGGAGUAUAUUUAACUGCCACUGUGAUGAAGAAACUGUUCACCACAAUCAAGAAGCUCUGCUUUCUUUUUCUCCAGCUAUCCUUUUUGUUUCAAGUCAGCAUGGCAUGCCUGGGAGCAUACAGUACCUGUUAGGCAAACUCUUCAUAUUAGCCGUGAGAUUGUUAUUCAGAGGAAGAGACUUCUCUCUCCAGGGCCAUGACAGUGGAAGAACAGUCAGAUGCCAUUGGAAGACUUGGCCAGCAGUCCUGAAUCCUUCUGAAGAGUUCAAUCAAAAAUGUAUGUGGUACAGGACCGAGUGGGAACUCUAUGACCUGGGUUCGCCUUUGUGAGGCAUGAGUAUAGCCCAAAUAAAAAGAUGCCACAAAGUUUAUAUUUAAAACAACUUGCUAAAUAUCAGAUUAUUUGCACAUUUAAGGUACCAUGAGUUUAUGAAGUCUAGGAUGGUGUGGAAUUGGUUCUUUUUGUCUUAUAUUUUUGCUUGAAUCUAAACUCUGGAAAUCACUUGAUGUAUGAGAAAGCUGUUAUGAGUGCAUCUUUCGAACAUCACAAGUAUUGAAAACACAGUAACCUAUGUUCCCUUUCUAGACCAUGUUUGUAGUUUCUUUUGAAAUCACUUUUUAAAAAUGUGGUUUGUUAAAUUAUAACCAUUGUUUCCCAAACUUCAAUCACUUAAGUAUUAUAUAUAAGUAUUAUUUCUUAAUAUUAUCUUUAAAUUUUAAAAUAUUGUAAAAACAAACUAAUCUCUACUCCAAGAGGAAAACCGGCAUCAAUUUACCAUGAAUAAAGGGUAACAACAAAAUAAAAUUAAAACAAGAAAUGUUAUUAAAUUCUAACUAGAUACUAAUGUCUGCUAAGGCGUUGAAUCCAAGAAGUCUGCUGUGUGUUGCAGUGAGAGAGAUGUUACCCAGCACCAAAAUGGGGCUCUCUCUGUGGGAUUAUGAGAAGAAUGAAAGAGAAUUGUAAAGGGAAUGACAUUCUCACUGUGAUUCUGCAUUAUUUAGCUCUGUGUUGUAUACCACCUAAAAUCCUCCUGUGUGCUACCAACGGUGUGGGUCCGGAACACUGAACUUGUACUGAGAGAAUCAGAAGGUAACUUCUCCCAGCAACUCUUAUUAUUUUAUGGCUUUGAGGAGUUCUGCACCUAAUUUCUUAGAGAACUCGUUUGUUUUUUGAUACCGUUAUAAAGAUUGUUCAAGAGGUUAUGAAUUAAUAAUAUAGGAAGCACAAUUUGAUUCCAUUAGCAAAAAUCUACAUCUCUACUGGUUUUGCAAGUUAUCUUCAUUAAUGAUUUUCUUUUGUUUUUAGAGAAAAGAUUCCAAACAAGGAGUACAUAAGGAAUACGAAUUUAAAAUUUGAUAUCCAGAAAACAGUGGACCCAUUACAUAUAACUCAUGUUACUGGGCAUAUUUAUUAAGCAGAAGAAAUAGUCCGGAGGGGUAAAGUCGUUGAACUACCAUGUUUGUUUGAACCUGUAUAUGUAGGCAUGCCUGCAACUGUAAAAUCUUGCUAGCUAGAACUUUUUGCUGCACUCCCUUUUUAGGAGAAUGAGGCAAAAGGAAGACAAUAAGCUUGUAAUGUCAGGGAUUUAUUUAAAACCGGAAA